CCGCGAGUUAGUCCGGAAAGGGAGUAGAGUUUGUGUCCAGCAUGGGUGGUGAUAAAGGAAAUUAGAAAAGUCGAUCUUUGGAGAAAUCUUUUUUCAAUUCAAUUCCAUUCAAUUCAAUUCCAUUCAAUUCAACUCCAACCAACUUUGAGGGUUUUUCCGCCCGGGGAAAAGAUUCAAUUUCUUUCUAUCAGAUCCUUCAUAUUGUUCUCCUAUCCCAUCUUCACAUUGUUCUUUUGUUUGGCCAUUCACUCUCACGUCUUCUUAUAUCUAUACAUCUUUUCCAUCCCACACCCACCAAUCAAUCGACAAGUACCAAAGUAUGCCGAGUAUGUUGAGAGUGAUGGCUGGAUCCAGAUAUAAAACCGCAAGGGCUCGUCACGCUGGACAGCUGUUCCGACUGUUGUCCUCGCUGUCCGAGACGUCUCCUGCAGGAACAUGUCUCUUUUCAUUGACCAAUUCAUCGAGCAAACAUCAAAAGUUCCCAUCCAAUCAUAUCAUAAUACGAGCUUAUUGUCCUGUCCCGACAAAUCAGCAUCAGUUAUCCGUAUCGGAAAUAAGCUUUUUUUUCUUUACUCUGUCUACGUAUACCGCAUAUACUUCGUACAUAUAUGCACAUACCUAUAUAUCACAAAGUAUAUCAGAAGUUCUUGUUCAAUCAUAUAAUAAUAUUGGCUCAUGUCCCAUCUCGACAAACCAGCACCAGUUAUCCGUCUCGGAACGGAAAUAAGCUUUCUCUUUCUCCUGUCUACGUAUGCCGCAUAUCCAUACAUGCAUACAUAUGCCGCAAAGAUGCCGCAAAGUAUAUUUCCAUUCCCUUUCCUUUCUUUUCUCUUCCUUCCAUCAAGAACUUCUAUCAAGAACUAAAUCACAUGAUCACACUAUUUAUGGGUAUGUAUCGGCAUCCGUUGGUGGGGUUGAUGUCAAACUUCAAUCUUUUAUCAUGGUCGGAGUCCACACGGAUACAAUCUCAAAACAGACCACAGGUUGGUUCAUACUUUGUCGGAUAAGAAUAAACUUUGGGAAUUUAAUUUGAUCCAUCGUAUCAAUCCAACUUAUAACACUAUCAUGUCAACUCCUGAUACGUCCAUUUUCAGGCCUGCUCUAAUUGUUGUAGAUCUUCAAGAGGAUUUUUUACCUCCAAAUGGUUCUUUAGCUGUGGCCAAUGGUAGAGAUACAAUUCCUAUCAUCAACAGCCUCCUCAGUCUUCCAUUUCACCUUAAGAUCGCCACCAAAGAUUGGCAUCCUUCAAAUCAUACAUCUUUUGCUUCAAACCAUGCAGGUAAACAACCAUUUGCAGAUUUUACCACGAUCAUCAACCCUUCCAACCCUUCCGAGACUUAUCAAACACGUCUCUGGCCACCUCAUUGCAUUCAGGAUACGCUCGGCUCCGAGUUCCCAUUUGAAUUGGACACAACCAAGUUUACCCAAACUAUUCUCAAGGGACAAAAUACUUAUGUAGAAAUGUAUUCAGCAUUUUACGAUCCUUUGAAGAGUCCUCGGUGCAGUGACAGUGGAUUGGCAGCCCAUUUAAAAAAUGAGGGCAUAACCCAUGUCUACGUAGUAGGUCUAGCUGCCGAUUAUUGUGUCAAGUGCACUGCCGAGGAUUCCGCGGAGGAAGGUUUCAACACUUUCAUUCUGGAAGAGGGAACUCGGGCUGUUGACCCUAAAUCAUGGGAGACUAUGAAGCUUGGUUUGAAAGGGGUCAAAGUUGUGAGUGUGACUGGAGAGGCAGUCAAUCAAGUAAGAAGCUUAGGCAAUUGAGUGAAGGUCUAGCACGGAUGUCAAAUUACAAUUCGGUCUUUUUUCAAUGACUGUUGGUUGUGCCGAAGAUGUGCUGAAAGCAAAAUCAUGCAAGUAUCUCAGGUGGUGACACCGAGUACAAUGUCCGUACUUCAAUAACCUUCUUUAUGAAGGGGAAGUCGUUGUAUUGCAAACAUACCAUUUCAAUUUAUUAAAAUCAUAGAAAUAUCAACCAGAUAUCACAACUUUAUCUCCAACUUUUCAAAUUGCAAUCUUGAAUCAUGUAGUAUCAUAAUCUCCAUGUCUCUUUCCACUCCACACAAUUUCCCUGAUGAUGGAGUGAGUAGAUAAAUACUCA